AUGAAGUUCUCCCAGAAUCUCAUGUGGGCAGCUGUUACGGCUGACCCUAUUGUACAAGCAGCCUUGGUCCCUGGACCGCCAUUCCUUCGUCUCGACAAGUAUGACUCUAUGGUUAUCGUAGCAGACUUGCAGGAAGGCUUGUACAAUACCGUCCGCGAUUACGACCCAACGGUCUUCCGGAACAACAUCAUCGCACAUGCCUCGAUCGCAAAAUUGUUCAGCAUUCCCAUCGUCCUGACCACCAGCGCUCAGACGGGACCCAAUGGCCCUCUCCCAAAAGAGAUAACAACCAUGUUCCCAAACGCUCCGUUGAUCAAGCGGAACGGAGAGGUAGAUGCAUGGGACAACUCAGACUUCAGGGCCGCGGUAGUUGCUCAAAACAAAAGUCAAAUCAUCCUCGCUGGAAUCACCACCGACGUCUGCACCGAAUUCCUCGCCCUCUCCCUCCGCGCCGAAGGCUACACCGUCUUUGCCAACACCGAAGCCAGUGGCACUUUCUCCCAGAGACUCGCGGACGACGCAAAUCGCAGAAUGGAGAGUUCCGGCGUCAUUCUUCAGGGACUCUUUGCCAUCGUCAUGGACCUCAUGCGUGAUUGGAGGAAUACGCCCGGAAGCUUGCAGCUGCUGCCGUUCCUGGAUCAGUACUUGCCUGUAUACGGGUACGUUGCAAGGGCACACGAGGCUGCUGUAUUGAAUGGGACAUUGAGUCCGGGGGAGUUGGGUCUGUAG